UAACCUCACUUUUCCUAAAAAUGGCUCUCAGAUUGUUUUCUUCUCAAUUUUCUUUGUUUUCUCUGAAUAAUCUCUUGCCCAGAGUUUUGUCCAUCAGGACGAAAUACACGGACAAUCGGAUGCGAAAAGAUGUAAAACGUCGUCAGGUUAUUGCUGCACAUGCAGUGGAGAGAUUGAGAGUGAAUUCCCUGAGGAAGAAUGAUAUCCUGCCCAUUGAAAUUCGCGAAAUUGCAGACGCAGAGAUCAAUGCCUUCCCCAGAGAUUCUUGUUUGAAUCGAGCACGAGAGCGUUGCUGCAUAACUUCAAGGCCAAGAGGAAUAGUUUUCCGUUGGAGGAUGAGCCGGAUUGUUUGGAGACUACAGGCGGACUACAACAAACUCUCGGGUGUCCAGAGGGCAAUGUGGUAGACAAUGGUGAGUAGCAAUGAGGCACAAUUAUAUUUAUUGUACAUGGAAAAAUAUACACUAGAAGGAAAUUUAUCAAAA